AUGAUUUCAGGGGAAGACAGGGAUGAGGCAGAGGUACCAUUGGUAGGGGAAGAAGUUGAGAUUGAGGCAGUGGAAGGUCAGGAUGAGGAAGACGGAGAGAAUUAUGAGCUUGAGGAGGCAGAUAGAAACCUGUUACUUGAGGAUGGCCCUUUUGCAAACAUCACAAAGAAGAGUGAUAUUGAGUGGCGUCGCACCCCCUUUACCCCAGUAAACACGACAUGGGAAAGUCCUGCUCCUGCUCCUGAACCCCCUGAGCCACUAACACCAUAUGGCUACUUCAAGCAGUAUGUUCCCAGUGAGAUGUUCCAGCUGAUGACAACAAUGACUAACAUCUAUGCAGAACAAAAUGCAGUCAGGGGGUAUAAACAUGCAUCAAUUUCUGAGAUUGAAGCCCUUGUUGGUCUACAUUUGGCAACUGGGGCAUUGGGUUUGCCAAGAGUGCGAAUGUACUGGUCUUCCAGUAUCAAUAUCGGCCUUUUCCGGGAUACUCUGUCUCGAAACCGAUUUUUCCAGCUUCGCUCCAACCUGCAUGUGGUGAACAACAAUGAGAGGCCUUCUGAAAACACUGAUGUGUUCUACAAGGUCAGACCACUCUAUGAUUCCAUAAGGAAACGCUGUCUAGAGCUGCAAAUGGAAGAAGAACUCGCAAUUGAUGAGCAGAUUGUGCCUUUCAGGGGGAAACUUUCUGUGCUUCAGUAUAUCAAAGGGAAGCCAGAACCAUGGGGAGUCAAGAUAUAUUUCCUCUGCGGCAAAAGUGGCCUUGCUUAUGACUUCCUCAUCUAUCAAGGUGCCACAACAGAGCUCUCUGAGCAGAGCAAGAAGGUUUUAGGACAUGGAGCAGGUGUGGUUGCCCACCUGUGCCAGAGAAUCCAGAAUCCUAACCACAAGCUCUUUUUUGACAACUUCUUCACUACCUACAAUGUCCUUGAAGUGCUGGCUGAAAAGAAAAUCCAUGCGGCUGGCACAGCUAGGGUUGUCCGCUUUGCAAAGCCUCCACUGAAGAGUGACAAGGAAAUGUCAAAAAAAGAGCGAGGGAACCAUGAUGUAGUGAGGAGUAGGGAUGGAAAGGUGGUUCUAGUGAAGUGGUUUGAUAACCGCUCUGUUGUGCUGGCCUCCAACUUUGUUGGUGUAGGAGAUGAAGAUGAAGUUGCUAGGUGGCAGAAGAAAGAUGGGCAGUUUGUUACGGUCAAGCGUCCAGAGGUGGUGAAGAAAUACAAUAAGGCCAUGGGAGGGGUGGACAAGCUUGAUCAACUCAUCAGCCUUUACAGGAUUACCAUCCGGUCCCGCAAAUGGUCACUGCGCAUGAUUACUCAUGCCUUUGAUGUUGCUGUAGUGAAUAGCUGGCUUGAGUAUCGCAGAGACAAAGAACGUCAGGGCACUCAGCCACCGCUAGUCAUGGAUCUCCUUGACUUCAAAUUGAAUGUGGCAGAAGCUCUUGUGCGUUUGGGGAAGCCCCACGCAUUGAGAAAACGAGGGAGGCCGAGCAGUUCCAACACACCCAGUCCAUGUAUGAGUCCACCUCACCAUGAUGAGCCCCCAAAAAAGAGGGGAGCCAUGGAAAAACGGCCCCUUCAAGAGGUGCAGACCGACAUGCUGGACCACAUGCCAAAUUAUGAUGCAAAAAAAGAAGCAACAAGGUGCAAAUUGCCAGGCUGUUCAGGAAAAACGCAUGUCUACUGUGACAAGUGUCAGGAAAGACCAGGCUGUCCUGGCUUCAACAUCCCGUAA